AUGGUGGGGGACCCGGCCUAUAGAGCGCCCGUCCAUGGGAAAAGAGAGGAGUUGAGCGAGGAUGCCCAGCUCGGACGCCAGGGUAACUUCCAUAAGACUCACAUUGGCCCCGGAGUCGAUGAGUACCUGCAGAGGCUGGGACUGGUCGCCCCACAGCAGGAUGGCAUGGAGACGGGGUUGCGGUGUCUGGUCAGACGGUCCAGGGAAAGGAGUUACUACACAGGACCAGGACACGGCCGCUCCCGCCAGCACUCCAACUCAGCCGAGAGCCUGGAUGGGGUCCCCCGGUGGGGCAGGGAGCUUGUACUCUAUGGAGGGGGAGGACAGGGGCCCCCCAGAGUAAAACAUAGCGGCUCCGCUGAUAGUCUCUUGGAGGGGCCCAGGGGAAAGGAGAGGGGGGAGAGGGAUGUGGGACGGGCAGGGGGAAGUCUGGGGAAGUCUGCCUCCCUCUCACAGAACAGUAUGGUGAUGAGUAAGAUGGGAGGAGGAGGAGGAAGAGGAGGAGGAGGAGGAGGAGGAGGAGGACAGGAGGAGAAUAAGACGGAGAGAAGAGGAAGGAAUUGGAGGCCUUCUAUCGCUGUACAGGUGGACAGCUCGGAGACCCUGUCAGACUCGGACCCGGAUGGCAAGGCUCUGAGAGAGGUUCACUCUAUAGGGGUGCAGGUGGAGGAGGACAAGAGACGUGCUCGGUUCAAGCRAUCCAACAGCGUGACSGCCAGCGUCCAGGCAGACCUGGAUCCAGCGGGGGGUUUCUCAGGCCUCACCUUCGCUGUUCCUACCCAGGAGAAGAGCCUCCAGUUCCCAGGCCUCACCUUCGCUGUUCCUACCCAGGAGAAGAGCCCCCAGUUCGGCUGCUCCUUCCAGAGACACUCCUCAGAGCCUGAGUCAGCCGACCAGUACGCAGAGUACCACCGCACGGACCCGUCCGCGUACCCCCAGCCCACCUCUCAGGACCUGUCCGGGCUCUGGGACCUGCUCCAGCUCAACGUGGAAGACGUCAAGGUCAAGUUCCAGCACCUCCAGAGGCUCAAGGACUCCGGCUGGAGGCUUCCCCCAGACAAGAAAGAUGACAAGAAGCUUCCUCCCCCACUACCAAAGAAGCCAGCAGGGGGAGUGAGCGGCAGCCUCCGUGCCGACAGCGUCAGCGACCCCUCAGUGGAACGAGGGGUAGGAGGAGGCGGAGGGGUGCUGGUGAUGCCCCGUAGCGGGGGUGUGGGACGGGCCGUGCCUGUCCGAGAGAAGUCCUUAGACCUGGGCGACAGACAGAGGACGGAAGCACGCAGGAGACUGCUCCAGACCAAGAGGUCCGCUUCCUUCAGACAGAACUCAGCCACGGAGAGCGCAGACAGCAUCGAGAUCUACAUCCCAGAGGCUCAGACCCGGCUCUGAACAUGGAGAUACAGCCCUUUAUCCCAGUGAACAGAACCGACUCAGACCUGACUCAUGGGACAGCCUAAUUAUAGAGAUAGAGAUCCUUAUUUGAGAACUAUGCCACCCUAGAACAACCACAAUGGUUGUAGAUUUACAUCCCGAGGCUCAGACACUGAACAUGGAGAUAUAAGGUGACCCUGAUCAGACUUCUAUCCGACCCUACAAGAACUUGAGAUCCACAGAUCUGACUCUGAACACUGGGACCGUCUAAACGUGGCCAUAUAACCUCCUGUCUGACCACUAGACUACCCUAGAUCAACAACACGCCUCCCAAGUCCCAUACUCUGAACACUGGGACCGUCUAAACGUGGCCAUAUAACCUCCUGUCUGACCAUUAGACUACCCUAGGUCAACAACACGCCUCCCAAGUCCCAUACACUGAACACGGGGACCGUCUAAACGUGGCCAUAUAACCUCCUGUCUGACCACUAGACUACCCUAGRUCAACAACACGCCUCCCAAGUCCCAUACACUGAACCCCCUCAGUGACGAUGUUGACCAGGGGUGUGGCAACUCCAGUCCUCCAGGACAUGAUUAGUGUCACACUUUUUCUCCAUCCCUAGAA